UGACACAUCCUGAUUUACUUCAACCGAUCCAGACUUUUCAUUCAUGGCCAAUGUUGCGUCUUUGACACUUUCUGCCACCUGUGAGUCAGCCGCACAGUUUAAAGUGCAGGUAGCUGCCCCGAGCGUGAGAUGGGGGAGGUGAGGAAGCUGCAGAAGAAGUUGAGACAGAUUGGGAAUCUGGAAAUACAAAUGAGUCUUACCCCAGAGGAGAGAUUCAAGAUCUCCAGGAAGGCGGAGCUGCGCUCCAGAUUGGCUGAGCUUCAGCUGCAGCUUUCUGGCCUGGAGCAAACUCUUGGGAUUGUGGGAGACGGAAAAAAGGAGAAGAUGAAAAGACAAGUGGAGGAUGCCCCAGAGGCCCGUCCAUCGCAAAUGCCUCCGGCUUCCAAGAUCCUGAAGGGAGAAGAGCCGUCCAAAGCUAAAGCAACGCCGGCUGCCAGGCAGAGGGAAACAGGAAGCGGAGCAAAGAUAAGCGGGCAGGAGGACAGGACGGAGCCGGCCAAAGAGCCAAGUCACAGAGACGUGUCAGGAGGCCGCUCUGACGUUGACGCGGAGCAGCGACAGAAAGAAGCUGAAUUUGCAUCCCUCAAAUCGUCCUGGGAGAAGGCAAAGUUCCGCUUGAGGUUGCUGGAGGGUCACAAUGACAUCGUCACCUGUGUGGUUGCUGUUGACAACCUAGUGGUUUCUGGAAGCCGAGAUACAACGGUGAAGGUGUGGCAUGUUCCCACGGCAACGGAGCAGAAGAACCUAGGGGGUCACUCUGGUGGAGUCACCUGUCUGUCCGCGCCUCCCCCUGAGUACUGCAAGAGGCUCGCCCGGUCCUUGUCUUUGUCUGACAAGGAGAGGUUUAUUUUGAGUGGCUCGGCAGACUGCUAUGUGAAGAUCUGGGCCCUGAGCAUUGGGCAGUGUGUGAAGUCUCUCUACACGUUUAACGCUGUGACUGCACUCUGCUUUGUGCCAGAGGAAGACGGCUACAUUAUCACCGGAUCAGACGGGGGGAAAGUUCAAGCCUGGAGCUGGCACACUUUCGAAAACUGCCAGUCAAUCAACGCUCACCAGGAAGCAGUCACUUCCAUCCAGACUCAGGGUCCACUGGUAUUCAGCGGCUCGGCCGAGGGAGGGGUAUCCGUGUGGGAGAACCGGUGGUCGGAUCGAGACCCCCUGAGGCUGCUGCACCACUGGGGCGAAGAGGUGACGGGCUGCGGGGGGGGGGCAGGCGGGCGUCUGACACUCAGCCCACGGGGAGACAGGGCGUUCCUGGCUUACGGUCGAGCCUGGCUCAAGAUCCUGCACUGGAGGACCGGAACCAGUUCCAGGCUGACCAAUCACAACAGCAUCACCGGGAUAACAGAUUGCGUUCACCAGACAGGGGGCCUCCUAAUUGGCUCCUGCUAUGAUCUAGCGAAUGGAGAGAGCUCGCUUAACUUGUUCUCUGUGCCUCAGUGUCGGUACCUCGUCUCUCUGACCUGGCCCGAUGCUCCCAGAAUCCUCUGCUUUGCAGCGUGGACCACAGGGAGCGGAGACCACCGGUGGGUCACUGGAGGUCGCGACCUCAUCGUCUGGGAGCAGCUCCCCAGUUCUGGGAAGCAGAGGGGUGAUGUCACCGCGAAGGACAGUAUGUUGGAGUCGUGUUUUCUGGAGUCAGAGGAGGACACGGAGGAUGACGAGGAGACUGACGAUUACGAGGAUGAUGAUGACGGUGAAGCAAAGGACAGCCGGUCGGGCGGCGCAAAGGAUGUCGAGUCCGGCUCGUGGUUUCGCUGCGUUCUCCAAGUUUUCUUCAACCUCCUGCCUCUAAAAUGAGCUAACCACUGUCUUCCUCAGUGUCAUUUCUGUUUGCCUCGUCAAAAAUAAUUUAUUUUCCUCGGCGUCCAUUUAAUUGAACCAUUUAAAAAAAACACAUAAUUAGCAUUUAAAUCUUUCCUACAGUCUCUUGCCCUCCCUACAUCUCUCUCUCUCUCCCCUCUCUUACUCUAGCAGACUCUACAUGUCUCAGUCGCUAAGGCAACCGAUGCUUUUUUUCUCACUUGCUCUCUCUAUCUCCCCUU